GUUGCUGUAAGUGCAUUGGAUAUGUAUACUACACUUCACUCGCUUUCAGCCGGAGCUACGUACACUCGUUUCCAGUCAACAGCCGCUUGUUGCUUUAGCUCAUAUACAGUACGACAUUUUUAAAGUAAGCCGGUAACUUGUAUAUCUCACUAUAGUUAUUUAUCCAUUCAUUUAUUCGUGUUGGUUGAGGUCGUUAUACAGUGCAGAGUACGCACUACGCGUACAGUUUGUGUCUCUCACCGGUUACCGCUGCAGCAUGUGUAACGUUUGAAUUUUUGUCGAUAGUUGAUAUAGUUAUCCAAUAGGUUUGUGAUAUGUCUGCUUGUUCGCGUUGAAACCUUCAAACAUUUUGAAAUAACAACAGAAGGACCAGUACUGCAAAGUCAGGAACUACAGUAUGAAAGGAUUCUACCAUCACAUUUUACACGAGACUUUCAUCGUUUUCAAAGUGGGCUAAAUACUAUUUACGAGACUCCCUAGUUUUAUUUUCACCUUAUACCGGAAGAUUAAAGAUAACGAGACUGCUGGAAAGUGAAAACUGAAGGAAUGAUUCGUUGUAAGGUUGUCAGUAUGAUGCCUGAAUGUAAUGACAGGUAGGCGCAAUAUAUUCAUAAACCUAUUACGACUCGUGUGCUUUGAUCGCGCGCCUUUGGCAGCAUCAAGCGUAUAAACUAUUAACAUAUGGCAUAUUAAUCGCCGAUAUCACCAGGAAUUUUCAACUGGACAACAUUCAUGCUUUAUCCAAGUAGUUUUGAUGCAAGUUAAUAAGAAUUAAAGUUGUGGUUGCUGAACGGAGCACACGCGACACACGGACAUCAUAAAAGUGGCGUCACAGCGCGAGGCUCCAGAAUGAGCGCCAGCGGAUCGUAUCCCAAAUCCACAGAGAGACAAUUCACAGGUCUGCCCAAAGCACACAGAUCCGGGAGACUAAACAGGAAAGUGGAUUGCGCGGAGAGCAGACACGACUCUUUCUGGAAAACCUUUACUCGCACAUCGACCCAGCACAGACUGGCUUUCACGUGCAUGGACGGGAAUGCCAUCAUGUAUGAUACCCAGAGCACAUCUUCCAAGAUUUUCACACAUUGUCACGGGAGGAAUGUCAGCUGGAAUGGAAAAAGAAAGUUCGCAUUGUGCACUUGGAGUUGGUGGGCGUUUUUCUGCGUGCAUGUCCACAUGUUGAGAGCAGUAGCACAAGUCGAUGUGGCCCCGUACUUCAAAACAGAACCAGGACCUCCGGAGAUCCACCUAGAAGGAAAUCGUCUAGUCAUGACCUGCCUGGCUGAGGGCAGCUGGCCCUUGGAGUUCAAAUGGAUGUUUAACAACACCGAUAUCACAGCCUUCUCCCCUGAGUACAAGUACACCAUCUCCUCUUUGCAACGCUCCGAUAUGGGUGUUUACCAAUGUGUGGUGAGAAACAGGAUGGGCGCUUUGCUCCAAAGAAGAGCCGAGAUACAAGUGGCAUACAUGGGCGAUUUUAUUGACAAUGACCAAAGAAAGACGGUGACGCAAGGAAGGGCCGCCAUCCUUAACUCCCCGACGGUCAGCGGCUUCCCGCGGCCACAGGUGACAUGGUUCAGGGACGGCUACAAGAUCAUUCCCAGCAACAGAGUAGCUAUAACAUUGGAGAACCAGCUCGUGGUGCUGGCCACCGGCGCGGGAGACGGCGGGAGAUACUACGUCCAAGCUGUUAAUGAGAAGAACGGAGAAAACAAGACAAGUCCAUCCAUUUACCUGAAUGUGGCAGAUUCAGAUGCCCUGGCAGACCCUGUGGCUCCAGUGAUUGUAAUCCCACCCCGAAACGCUACAGCAGUGGCAGGGGUGAGUGAAGCCACACUGGAGUGUAUAGCAAAUGCACGCCCUGUGGAGAAGCUGAGUUUGGUGUGGCGGAGAAACGGCGUAGAAGUUGCCAGCGGCGUGGGAUCCUUUGGCAGACGCUUGACCAUCAUCAACCCCACAAGCACCGACGUAGGCAUGUACGUGUGCGAAGCAUCGCUGCUGGACAGCAAUGUGAAGCCGGCGGAGGCCAGAGCAUUCCUCUCCAUCACAGAGGUGCCCUAUUUUACUGCCGAGCCCAAGAGGAAGCUGCUGGGAGAAGUGGAGAAAACUGUGGAUAUCCAGUGUCAAGCUCGAGGGGUGCCCGUUCCCAAGCUGGAGUGGUAUAAGGAUGCCGUUCCCCUUAGUAAACUCAACAACACACGCUACAAGGUCAUCUCCAGCAUGGGUCUUCAGGUCAGGAGGCUGCAGCCCAGCGACGUUGGAAUCUUCCAGUGUUUUGCCAGGAACUCGGCUGGAGAAGCUCAGGUCCACACUUAUCUGGAUGUCACGAGCAUUGCUCCAGAAUUUACAGCAGCACCGGUUGACAUCACUGUCACAGAUGGAGCAGUGGCCACGUUCACUUGUCAGAUGUCUGGGGCUCCUAAACCUGCCAUCACCUGGAAACGAGAUUCCCAGAUUCUAGCCAGCGGUUCGGUGCAGAUUCAACGUUUCACCCUGCUGGAGUCUGGAGGUCUACAGAUUCAGCCUGUGAUUCUGCAGGACACGGGGACGUACACCUGUUUCGCUGCUAACUCGGAUGGUGCUAUCAACGCUAGCGCCUCUCUCACCGUGUGGAGUCGCACUGCCAUAUCCAACCCUCCCACUGACAGACGUGUCAUCAAGGGGACCACGGCCAUUUUGGAAUGCGGAGCGACCCACGACCCGCGCGUUGCUGUGAGGUACGUGUGGAAAAAAGAUGAGGAGCUGGUGAGCCAGACCAGAGGGGGGCGUAUCAACCUGCAGGAGGGAACCUUGCACAUCAGUCAAACCUGGUCCGGGGACAUCGGGGACUAUACCUGUGAUGUCAUAUCUCAGGCCGGCAACGAUUCAAAGUCAGCUCGUCUGGAGGUCAUCGAGCUGCCACACUCACCUCGAAACCUACAAGCCAGUCUGAACUCCAAUGACAGCCGCAGUGUGGACCUGUCCUGGAUGAGACCCUUUGAUGGAAACAGCCCCCUGCUGCAUUAUGUGGUGGAGCUGUCAGAAAACAAUUCCCCUUGGAAAGUGUACUUGUCCGAUGUGGAACCCACUGUGACUGGGGCAAUGGUAAAGGGACUAACUCCAGCCCGCUCCUACCAGUUCAGGGUCUGCGCUGUCAAUCAGGUGGGCAAAGGACAGUACAGCUCUGAAACCAACAGACUGAUGCUGAGAGAGGAACCUCCCAGUGCUCCACCCAAAAACAUUGUAGCCAGUGGCAGAACCAACCAGUCCAUUAUGGUGCAAUGGCAGCCGCCUCCAGAACCUCAGCUGAAUGGAGUCUUAAGAGGCUAUGUGCUCAGGUACAGGCUCGCGGGUCUCCCCGGAGAGUAUCAGCAGAAGAACAUCACCAACCCAGAGAUCAACUACUGUCUGAUCACAGAGCUCAUCAUCUGGACCCAGUAUGAGAUUCAGGUGGCCUCAUACACAGGGGCGGGUCUGGGCGUCUUCAGUCAGCCUGUCACAGAGUACACACUGCAGGGAGUUCCUACAGCACCACCACAAGGUGUGGAGGCCAAAGCAGUGAACUCGACCACUAUUGAAUUUACUUGGAAUCCACCUCCUCAGCAGUUCAUCAAUGGCAUAAAUCAAGGUUACAAGCUGAUGGCUUGGCCUGAGCAUUCACCAGAAGAGGUUAUUGUCGUGACCAUCACCCCUGAUUAUCAUGGAACACGCCACAUCGGGUACAUCAGCGGUCUGAAAAAGUUUACCUGGUACUUGACGUCAGUACUGUGCUUCACCACACCGGGGAACGGACCCCGCAGUGUCCCCAGACUGGUGCAAACACAUGAAGACAUCCCAGGUGCUGUUGGUCGCCUGAGUUUUACAGAGAUCUUGGACACAUCUAUGAAAGUGAGCUGGAAGGAACCUUUGGAUAAGAAUGGUAUCAUUACCGGGUACCUUGUGUCCUGGGAGGUCCAGGGGAUAAACCAAACGCGGGUGGCGAGGACGUUGUCGAACACCACGCUGGAUUACAAGGUCACCGGCCUGACGUCCCUCACAACUUACACGCUGGAGGUCGCGGCUAUGACGGAGGCAGGCGUGGGAACUAUAACAUCCUCCACGAUUUCCUCCGGAGUGCCACCAGAACUUCCAGGACCUCCAUCAAAUCUGGUCAUUUCCAAGAUUAGCUCACGAUCGGCUACGCUGAAGUUUCGUGCAGGGGAUGAUGGGAAGACGACCAUCUCCAAGUGGAUUGUUGAGGGGCAGGUGGGCAGUAUCGGUGAAGAGGAAGAGUGGAAGGUGAUGUACGAGAAAGAAAAUGACCCUGAAGCUCAGGUGCUGGAGGUGCCCAACCUCUCUCCAUUCACACAUUACAGGUUCCGAAUGCGUCAGGUGAAUAUCGUGGGUUCGAGUCCAGUCAGCGUGCCCUCCCGUGUCAUACAGACCCUGCAGGCCCCUCCUGAUGUGGCGCCCAGUAGCGUGACAGUACGCACGGCUAGUGAGACCAGCCUGUGGCUACGCUGGAUGCCGCUGCCGGAAACCGAGUACAACGGUAAUCCUGAGACCGUGGGCUACAGGAUCAAAGUGUGGCGGGCAGACCAGCGGGAUGAGGUCAGCACGCGAUUGGUGAACGACCGUCUGGAGAGAGAAAUCACCCUUGAGGGUCUUGAGGAAUGGACAGAGUAUCAGCUACAGAUACAGGCCUACAAUUCCAUUGGCCCCGGGCCCUGGAGCGACACCGUGAAGGGCCGCACACGCGAGUCAGUGCCAUCAGGGGCUCCGGAAAACGUGACAGCCGAGGCCAUGAGCUCCAGCCGCAUCCUGGUUACAUGGGGGCCGGUUCCUGAAUCACAGCAAAAUGGCAACAUUCUUGGAUAUAAGGUUCUUUACAAAGAGAAGGACUCGGAUUCGGAUGCUCAGGUGAACGUGGUCAAGGGAAACAUGACGCAGUCCACCCUACUGCGUAACCUGCGGAAAUACGUCCAGUAUGAGAUCCAGGUUUUGGCUUUCACACGCAUCGGAGACGGCCAGCUUAGCAGCCCCCCGCUGCUGGAGAGGACUAAAGAUGAUGUUCCUGGGCCACCCAUGAGACUGGUGUUCCCAGAGGUGCGUCUGAUGGAGGUGAGAGUGGUCUGGCAGCCCCCUGUGGACCCCAAUGGCAUAAUUAUGGGAUACCAGGUAGCUUACCGUCUGGAUUCCGGGGAUCCCAACCAGUUCAUCACAGUAGAGGUGGGACCAGAGACACGUCAGUUCACCGCCUCCAACCUGACCCCGGAGUCGGCCUACGUCUUUCGCAUCUCUGCCAAGACCAAGCAGGGCUGGGGCGUGCCUGCACAGGCUGUGGUCAUAACUACUGAGAUUAGAGAGCGACCUCAACCUCCACAGCACCUGCGAGUGCCUCAGGACCAGGUGCAGUCACGCAAACUGAACAUCAGUUGGGUUCCCGGGUUGGACGGCUCAUCUCCCGUGCGCUACUUUACCCUACAGAUCCAGGAGUUGCCCAGUGGAGACUGGCUUAUUCAUUCUUCUGCUAUAAGUCACAAUUACACCUUCUGGGAGGUGGACAGGCUGAAACCCUUUACUUCAUACAAGCUGAGAAUGAUGGCAACUAAUGAUGUUGGAGACAGCAAGUACAGCCAAGAGACGGAUGCAAUUACGACUUUACAAGAUGUUCCAGACGAGGCACCUGUGAUUCAAGCUGUGAAACCCUCCACGACAACAUCCGUGCUGGUGCAGUGGCAGCCGCCCAAAGAAGAAAGUGUGAACGGAGAUCUGGUUGGCUAUCGUAUCUACUACCGCGAGCUGCAGUACGACACGGCUCCGCAAGAGUCAAAGAGGGCCGUCAACAACUCCUUGCUACGCACCGAACUGACAGCCAAAAGCACUGUGAAAACCGUCAGCAACCCUUCAUUAACCGAAUUCGAACUAACACAGCUGCAGAAAUACAGGCGCUAUGAAAUCGUGAUCACGGCCUACAACGUCAUCGGCGAAAGUCCACCGAGUUCUCCAGUAGAGGUGUUUGUCGGGGAAGCAGCCCCCUCUGUAGCUCCCCAGAACAUCCAGAUCAACACCUUGUCAUCCACGCAGCUGGAGGUACAGUGGGAGCCGCCCCCCGUCGAGACCCAAAAUGGCAUCAUUCAGGGAUAUAAGAUUCUUUACUGGGAGAUGGACAAUCAGAACGAAACCGAAAGAUUUAAGAUUCUCUUCCGGCCCGAAACCAACAUGAGACUGAAGAACCUGACCAGUUACACAUACUACAUGGUGAAGCUAUCUGCCUUCAACGCAGCGGGAGACGGCCCGUUCAGUGAGGCCAGAAGGGGGCGUACUCUUCAGGCAGCCCCCAGUGCCCCCAGCUUCAUCAGUUUCUCUGAGGUGACCAGCAGCACCCUUAAUGUGUCCUGGGGGUUCCCGUUGUCACCCAACGGUGUGGUGGAGGGCUACAGGGUGGUAUAUGAGCCCACUGCCCCUAUUCAAGGUGUGACUAAAGUGGUAACUGUGGAUAUUCGUGGUAGCUGGCAGCGCUGGCUGAAGGUGCGAGACCUGACCAAGGGCGUCACCUACUGCUUCCGCAUACAGGCCAAGACUAUCGCAUAUGGGCCAGAAGCGGAGGCCAACAUCACAGCGGGGCCUGUCAAAGGAUCUCCUGGAUCACCUGUAGAAAUGUCCAUCACAAAGACUGGCUCAGUGCUAAACAUCAAUUGGACACCGGGGGAGACAGGAGCGGGUCAUGUGACCGGCUACGUCAUUGAAGCACGUCCCUCAGAUGAGGGACUGUGGGAUACUUUUGUGCGCCACUUGCCUCCCACCAGCACCUCUCACUCUGUGAGUCUGGACCGUCUCAGACAGGGCAUCAGCUACCAGUUUAGAGUACUGGCCGUCAAUGAGUUUGGCUACGGUGAGCCUAGUGCGCCCUCUGCUGCUAUGUCAGCUCAAACGGACACGCCAUUUUAUGAGGAAUGGUGGUUUCUGGUCGUGUUGGCGCUUUGUGGUCUCAUUCUGCUGUUGCUGGUGACUUUCGGACUCGUUCUGCAUGGCCAGAACAGAAAGUACAAGAGCUGCGGAACAGGUAAAGCUGUGUCCACGGUGGAGGAGACGGUCACAUUGGACAACGGUGGCUUCACGGCUCUGGAGCUCAACAGCAGGCCUGUUCAUGUCAAAGGUGUUUUUUUAAGGAAGAAUGGAACCAGGUCACCGCCCCGACCCAAUCCAGCCGGACUGCGCUAUUCAGAUGAAGACAUCUGUAGCAAUUACAACGGUGUGGUAUCUACAGAGAGCACAGCACUGACAGAGAGAGCUGCAGAUAUGUCUGAAUCUGAGGCCACAGACAGCGAAUGUGAAGAGGAUCCGAUUAAACACUCAUUCGUAAAUCACUACAUGAGCGACCCCUCUUACUUUAACUCCUGGAAGCGGCAGCAGAAGGGGCUCAAGCAGACCCUGGCGUGUUCCUACGAGGACUGUGCGAGCGGGGACGCAGAUUCCUAUUAUCAGACAGUGGUCACGCAGCACAGCGUCGGCGGGGUCUACACCCCCACAGGCCAGCCCGCUCCUGGCUCACGGACUCCUGUCACAGGAUUCUCCUCCUUUGUGUGAUGAACGGAAGCCUCGGUUUACACGGUUACAGAACGGGGAUUUUCCGAUAUCAGCACGGACACUACGAGAGACACGACAGAUGCUGAAUGCGGAUCGGAUGAUUUUUUUAUAUGCCAAUACUGAAGACUUUACAGGACCGGAGAUAAUCAGAAUUAUCGUUACUGUAUUUGUCCCUACUGUUUGCAGCCUUGUCUGUCUGUACAGAUGCAGGACAUAACAGAAAGCUCUUGUCUGUGAUAAGGGUGGCACAUACUCUGAAUUAACAUUCCUGCCUCUGUUCCCUUUACUACGUUGAAAUGAAAGACUAAAUGAAGAAAACAUGCUGUGAUAGCUGUGUACUUUUGUCUUGUCAGUGUCGCUAUUUAAACACGAUGCAUCCGAGAUCUUAAAGCUUAAGAAGUGUAAAUCUUCUCUAAUGGAUCUGAUUCACGAGUAAUGAGGCACGAAGCUCUGAACACAAGAUGUUUUCAGUAUAUUCUGUAUAGACUCACCAGCAAGAAACCUAUAGAGAUGUUUAGAAGAAGCCAGAAGUCAGUUUUUUGUCUCUGUAUAAAGAUGGUGAAUUGGCCAGAUGUGUUGUGAUGUGCAUCAGUGCCAUUACUUUUGGUCACACAUACCGAGAUUAUAAUUUUGAUAAUUUUAUCUGUUUGGCCUUGCUUAAACACUGCAAACAGUCAAUCUGAAAUUAUUUAAUGAAUGAAUGAAUGAAUUGUAUGUGUGGAUAACAGUAUGCAUUGCACAUAUAUACUGCACUCUUGAGCCAUAAAGUCUUGUGUUUCCUUCUGUUCUUCAGUAUGAUUUAAUUUUUGCUUAAUGAUUUAUAUCACUUUUAUGUUCCUAGUAGUGUUUUCAGUAGUUCUGUUGUACUUUUAUAACAAAAGUACUGUUAGUUGAUUCGUAAUGAUGAUGAAUUUUCUUGAAAAUGCCAACACAUCCAUCAGACAAGAGUAUGCUGUAAUGCAAAUGUUUGUUUCAAUCCCACCAAAUGUUUUAGCACAAGUGUGUGUCAUGGAUGGACAGUGAAUGGUUCAUACAGUAAAACAAGUUUGUGUUUUUUAAAGGGAAAAUUAAAUGUUUGUUGUUGACUUCAACGCCUCUAACUACACAGAUGUCUCGUUGCUGUUUCUUCAUGCACCCAAGUUAUGAAAGCUGUCACAAAUCGGUUUUAUAUGGUUUUUAAAAGCAUUUCAUUAAAUAAUCACUUGCAUUACAGAGUAGUGUAGCUGUAUUUCUCGGUAUAAAGUUCAACACAGUCCAUCACUGAUGAUAUUUACUAUCCUUUAUGUCUGUUCAAUGGAUUAAGGUUUCAUUUUUUGCAAUGAUUUGAAUGAAAGCAAACGGUGUGAACCUAAUAAAUAAACGUGCAUAA